CGUCACAUUAGGGCAGCACCGCACCAACUCAAUAGCAUCUCUUCCCCACGACACUGCUUUGUAACGAGUCGUUUCAGCGGUGCCGGUCGGCCUUGUAUGGCCCCAUCGAUAUCCAUGUCCGCUCUGGCUGCUGGUUUGAAGGCUGAAGAUAUUUCUCCCCGCUCGGUUCUCGUCAGCAGAGGCGAAAUGCAGACCAGCUUGAGUCCCACGGGGGAAACCGGGAAGCCAAAAGUCCCUAUUCUGCCCUUCAGCGUAGAGGCGCUGAUGGCUGACAGGAAACCCAGCAAAGAGGUGCCAUCGCCGGAUCCUGCUUCUGUAGCCGGGACGUCCCAAGUGCUGGGAAAGGGGGCGCGGAUGGGUUCUUUUGGUAGCCUGGAUACACCAGUCUCGACUUUACCUAUGAGCUCUACAUUUUCAGUGGGCGAGAUCAUGAACAUGCCCGAAGACUUGCUGAUUAAACCCGAGAGCCCGGACAGUAAAGACAGGACUUCGUGGAUACAGAGUCCACGCUUUUCUCCCACAUCUCCAAGAAGGCUGAGUCCUCCUGCCUGUCCACUGCGAAAACACAAGACGAACAGAAAGCCCCGGACCCCCUUCACCACAUCCCAGCUGCUCGCCCUAGAGAGGAAGUUCCGCCAGAAGCAGUACCUUUCUAUCGCCGAGCGCGCAGAGUUCUCCAGUUCUCUCAACCUGACGGAGACCCAGGUUAAAAUCUGGUUUCAGAACAGAAGAGCUAAGGCCAAACGCCUGCAAGAGGCAGAACUUGAAAAACUGAAAAUGGCAGCAAAGCCUAUGCUGCCUCCAGCUUUCGGGAUUUCCUUUCCUCUCGGUACGCACGUCCCCGCGUCCUAUGCAGGGUCGCAUCCGUUCCAGAGGCACUCGCUGCCGGUUUCUCCGGUUGGACUGUACGCCGCUCACGUCGGAUACAGUAUGUAUCACCUCGCUUGACAAGGACGGAGGACGAGGGCAACGAGCAGCGGGACGCAAAGGGGGGGUUAAGGAUGUUUUGUGAGGGCCCCUAUUCAGAGGGGACCCCUUUGGACCAGUGAGGUGACACUGCACCACAUAAAGAAGCAUCCUGGUGCCGAGGUCAGUGUCACACCUUGUCAGGUGAGGGCGAGGCUUCUUCACAGACCCCCCCCCCCUUCUGAGGCUCUUGAAGUUUAGGCACUUCUCUAGACCUCGCCAGUAAGUUCCCACACUGCAAAAAUAAUCCAACUUUAAUUCGUCAUUUAAUGUCAACUGUGUUGUACCGGAAUGAAUUUGAACGAAGGAGAACAUAAACAAUGUAAAAUCUUAUUUGAAUAAAUAGGAUGAGACUUUAAAUGACUUUAAGGUGGACAUUUUUGCGGCGCGGAGGUAGAAAACAGCUUAAACCUGUAGCCCUAUGGUAUAUCACUAAUGGACUUUUAAGUAUGGACUGUAGUGCUGUGGCCACACAGCUCACUCCUUCGCGAGUGCUUACAGCCAGGUGAAAAGGCGAAAGGGCUGCACAUCAGAGACUAUGCACCAAAAAAAACUUUAGGCUGGGCUUUUUUUUAAUUGCAUCUGUAGGCUGCUGCCACACCACAACAUCCAUACUUUUCAUUUUCUUUCUUUCUUUUUAUUGCAUUCAUAUCAAUGCGUAACUAUAGUGGGUUACUAAAUCCAGUAUCGGUGAGUGCUCUUUUGUGAAUUUUGAAAACCACAGCAUUUUUUUUAUUGUUAUUUUUAUUAUUUUCUUAUGACAGCACUGUCUGUUGUCGGAUUGAUUCCCUUCGGAAGGGAUAAUUGUACUGUAAAAUAAUGUAUAUUUGAAGAAUAUCCUCAUUUAUAUUAUGAAUAUAUUUGUGACAUAACUUAACAAUAAAUUGUUUAUUCUUUUUUCACUGAGAGGUUGCUCGUUUUGACUGACAGGAUGCACACUGUUGCGCCGACGGUG